AUGGACACAAAGCAGACAGCUCCACUGUCAACUGAGAGUGGGCAGUUUGCUGUAGUGAAAAAAUGCCGUGAGAAAAGCACUGGUGAGCAGUUUGCAGCAAAAUUCAUCAAGAAACGGAGAACAAAAUCCAGCCGCCGCGGAGUGAGCCGGGAAGAUAUCGAGCGAGAAGUCGGCAUACUAAAAGAGAUUCGACAUCCUAAUGUGAUUACGCUGCAUGAUGUUUAUGAGAACAAAACAGAUGUCAUUCUUAUUCUGGAACUUGUUGCAGGUGGAGAGCUCUUCGACUUCUUAGCUGAGAAAGAAUCUCUCACAGAGGAGGAAGCCACAGAAUUUCUCAAACAGAUACUUAAUGGUGUUCAGUAUCUCCACUCUCUGCAAAUCGCCCACUUUGAUCUUAAGCCUGAAAACAUAAUGUUGUUGGACAGGAAUGUACCAAAGCCUCGAAUCAAGAUUAUUGACUUUGGUUUAGCACACAAAAUUGACUUUGGAAAUGAAUUCAAAAAUAUCUUCGGAACGCCAGAGUUUGUUGCUCCUGAAAUAGUAAAUUAUGAGCCUCUUGGUCUUGAAGCAGAUAUGUGGAGCAUUGGUGUAAUAACUUAUAUUCUUCUAAGUGGUGCAUCACCAUUUCUUGGAGAAACCAAACAGGAAACAUUAGCAAAUGUGUCUGCUGUGAAUUAUGAAUUUGAAGAAGAGUUCUUCAGCAAUACCAGUGCCCUAGCUAAAGAUUUUAUACGAAGACUUCUAGUCAAGGAUCCAAAGAAGAGAAUGACUAUUCAGGAUAGUUUGCUGCAUCCUUGGAUCAAGCCUAAAGACACCCAGCAAGCACUUAGUAGAAAAGCAUCUGCAGUGAAUAUGGAGAAAUUCAAAAAGUUUGCAGCACGACGAAAGUGGAAACAAUCAGUGCGCUUAAUAUCCUUGUGCCAAAGAUUAUCAAGAUCUUUCUUGUCCAGGAGUAACAUGAGUGUCGCUAGGAGUGAUGAUACUCUGGAUGAGGAAGAUUCUUUUGUGAUGAAAGCUAUUAUUCAUGCCAUCAAUGAUGACAAUGUUCCUGGAUUACAGCACCUUCUGGGAUCUCUCUCAAAUUACGAUGUCAAUCAACCCAACAAGCAUGGAACACCUCCGCUACUGAUUGCUGCUGGCUGUGGAAACAUUCAGAUGCUUCAGUUGCUUUUAAAGCGUGGAUCCCGUAUUGAUGUUCAAGAUAAGGCUGGAUCUAAUGCAAUCUAUUGGGCUUCUCGACAUGGUCAUGUAGAAACGCUGAAAUUUCUCAAUGAUAAUAAAUGUCCUUUGGAUGUUAAGGAUAAGUCUGGGGAGACAGCUCUCCACGUCGCAGCUCGGUACGGGCAUGUGGAUGUGGUUCAGUUUCUCUGUAGCAUUGGAUCCAAUCCAAACUUUCAAGACAAGGAAGAAGAAACCCCACUGCAUUGUGCUGCUUGGCACGGCUACUACUCUGUUGCCAAAGCACUCUGUGAAGCAGGUUGCAGUGUGAACAUUAAAAACAAAGAAGGGGAGACUCCGCUCCUGACAGCAUCUGCUAGGGGUUACCAUGAUAUUGUGGAAUGCUUGGCAGAACACAGGGCUGACCUUGAUGCAACAGACAAGGAUGGUCAUAUAGCCCUACACCUUGCUGUGAGAAGAUGCCAAAUAGAAGUAGUUAAAACUCUCAUCAGUCAAGGAUGUUUUGUAGAUUUCCAAGACAGACAUGGCAACACACCCUUGCAUGUGGCCUGCAAAGAUGGGAAUGUUCCUAUUGUGAUGGCACUCUGUGAAGCAAGUUGUAAUUUGGAUGUCACUAAUAAGUACGGAAGAACACCUUUACAUCUGGCAGCAAACAAUGGCAUUCUUGAUGUUGUCCGGUUCCUGUGUCUUACUGGUGCCAAUGUAGAAGCUUUAACCUCUGAUGGGAAAACAGCAGAAGAUCUUGCCAGAGCAGAGCAGCAUGAACAUGUAGCCAGUCUGCUUGCAAGACUUAAAAAGGAUACACACCGGGGGCUUUUUAUCCAGCAGCUGCGGCACACGCAGAAUCCACAGCCCCGGAUUAAACUGAAGCUGUUUGGGCACUCUGGCACUGGGAAAACAACCCUCGUGGAGUCUCUCAAGUGCGGCCUGAUACGAAGCUUUUUCCGAAGACGUAGGCCUAGGCUCUCCUCCACAAACUCAACCAGAUUCCCCCCAUCUCCUUUGUCUUCCAAACCUUCAGUUUCAGUAAGCAUUACGAAUCUUUAUCCUGGUUGUGAGAAUGUCAGCGUGAGAAGCCGCAGUAUGAUGUUUGAGCCGGGCCUGACCAAAGGGGUAUUAGAAGCUUUUGUUUCACCUGCUCAUCACUCUCACUGCUCUGCUGAUGACCAGUCCACCAAGGCCAUUGACAUUCAAAAUGCCUGCUUGUAUGGAGUUGGUGAUUUCAGCAUCUGGGAAUUCUCUGGGAACCCUGUGUAUUUCUGCUGUUAUGAUUUUUUUGCUGCGAAUGAUCCCACUGCAAUUCACAUAGUGCUUUUUAGUCUCGAGGAGCCUUAUGAAAUCCAGCUAAACCAAGUGACCUUUUGGCUCAGUUUCCUGAAAUCCUUAGUCCCAGUUGAGGAGCCAAUAGCGUUUGGUGGAAAGCUGAAAAGUCCCCUGUGUGUUGUUUUGGUCGCCACACAUGCUGACAUAGUGAAUCUUCCUCGGCCUGUUGGGGGAGAGUUUUGGUAUGACAAAGACAUGUCGUUGUUGAAGGAAAUCAGGAACAGAUUUGGAAAUGAUCUGCAAAUUUCAGACAAGUUAUUUGUCUUGGAUGCUGGAGCAUCUGGGUCUAAAGAUAUGAAGCUUCUCCGAAAUCACUUGCAAGAAAUAAGAAGCCAGAUAAUUUCUACUUGUCCACCUAUGACUCAUCUGUGUGAAAAAGUAAUCUCCACACUGCCUUCAUGGAGAAAGAUGAAUGGACCCAACCAGCUGAUGUCCUUGCAGCAGUUUGUAUAUGAUGUACAGGAACAGCUUAAUCCCCUAGCAAGUGAGGAUGACCUACGGCAUCUUGCACAGCAGUUGCAUAGCAUAGGAGAAAUUAACAUUAUGCAGAGUGAAACUGUCCAAGAUGUUGUGCUUCUGGAUCCUCGCUGGCUCUGUUCAAAUGUCCUUGGAAAAAUCCUGUCAGUGGAGAACCCAAAAGCCCUCCAUCACUAUAGAGGUCGGUACACUAUAGAGGACAUCCAGCGUCUGGUGACAGAUAGUGAUGUGGAAGAACUGAUACCGAUCUUGGAUGCCAUGGAUAUUUGUGCAAGGGACCUUAGCAGUGGAGCAAUGGUGGAUAUUCCUGCUCUCAUAAAGACUGACAAUCUCCACAGGUCUUGGACAGAUGAGGAGGAUGAGGUGCUGAUUUAUGGUGGUGUUAGAAUCGUUCCUGUGGAACAUCUUACCCCAUUUCCUUGUGGAAUUUUUCAUAAAGUUCAGGUGAAUCUUUGCAGGUGGAUUCAUCAGCAAAGCACAGAGGGAGAUGCUGAUAUACGUCUGUGGGUAAAUGGAUCAAAGAUUAUGAAUCGUGGAGCUGAGCUUUUAGUGCUGCUGGUCAACCAUGGUCAGGGUAUAGAGGUUCAGGUUAGAGGACUGGAAACGGAGAAGAUCAAGUGCUGUUUACUCCUGGAUUCUGUAUGCAGCACCAUUGAUAACUUAAUGGCCACAACCUUACCAGGCCUUCUGACCGGGAAAUACUACCUUAGUCCUCAGCAGCUGAGGGAACAUCAUGAACCAGUAAUGGUCUACCAGCCUAGAGACUUUUUCCGUGCACAGAGUCAAAAGGAGACAUCACUAACUAACACUAUGGGGGGAUAUAAAGAGAGCUUUAGCAGUAUACUGUGUUUUGGGUGUCUUGAUGUCUACUCCCAGGGAAGCCUAGGAAUGGAUAUUCAUGUUUCCGAUCUGAAUCUACUUACCAGGAGAAAACUAAGUCGACUUUUGGAUCCACCUGAUCCUAUGGGCAAAGAUUGGUGCCUUCUGGCCAUGAACCUGGGCCUCCCUGAUCUUGUUGCAAAGUACAAUACAAAUAAUGGAACACAAAAUGACUUUCUCUCAAGCCCGGUCCAUGCCCUUCUGCAGGAGUGGAGUAAUGCUCCUGAGAGCACUGUAGGUAUCCUAAUGUCUAAGCUGAGGGAAUUAGGUCGCAGAGAUGCAGCAGACUUUUUACUGAAGGCAUCUUCUGUAUUCAAAAUAAAUUUAGAUGCUAAUGGUCAAGAGGCUUAUGCGUCCAGUUGCAACGGUGGCACAUCAUAUAACUCUAUUAGCUCUGUAGUGUCACGGUAA